CUGCUCGCCGCCUCGGCAGCCCUGUUAUGGAAAUUAGUCCAAAGUCAAUCUAGUUUGGUCUCCGCAGAGGGAAGAAAGGAGGAUUUUGACGGAGGAAGCAGGGGAAGACGUUGGACCUUGUUGUCUGUUAUGAGGACGGCAGGAUGGAGUUCCCAGACCACAGCAGACAUUUACUCCAGUGUCUGAGCGAGCAGCGGCACCAGGGCUUCCUGUGUGACUCCACGGUGCUGGUGGGCGAUGCCCAGUUCCGUGCCCACCGUGCUGUGUUGGCCUCCUGCAGCAUGUACUUUCACCUUUUCUACAAGGACCAGCUGGACAAGAGAGAUGUGGUGCACCUCAACAGCGACAUUGUCACAGCCCCGGCCUUUUCCCUGCUCCUGGAGUUCAUGUACGAGGGCAAGCUGCAGUUCCAGGACCUUCCCGUAGAGGAUGUGCUGGCAGCGGCCAGCUACUUGCACAUGUAUGACAUUGUCAAGGUGUGUAAGAAGCGUUUGAAGCAGAAGGCCACAGCAGAGGCAGACAGCACGCGCAGAGAGGAUGAUGGUGGGUCCAGCUGCUCUGACAAGGCCGACAGCCUAUCAGAUGGUUCUACAGAUCGACCUGCUACAGCCGACCUGCUGCACAGCGAUGAAGAGGAGGAGGGGAAGGCCGAGGGAGGACCUCUGUGGCUGAGGCUGCCGUCUGCAGACAGACCAGGGACGCCGGCCAUGGCUACAACCAGCCCAAGGCACGGCGAGGUGGAGACGCAAGGUGGGGAAGGCCUGACGGAGGGAGGGAAGCUGCUCUCCCCGGCCGGCAGCCCCACCAGCUCCACUGGAUCUCUCUCCCAGAGGUCCCACCGCUCCGUGAGCUCUCGUGGAGGCCACAGGGGCAGGAGGGUGUCGAAUGAUGCGGCUGACUGCGUCCUGGACCUGUCAGUCAAGCCGAUCGCUGGUAGCAACCACAGUAACCACCACCAGUCCUAUUUCAGUGGCGCAGCUACGCCAGACAGCCUCCAAAGCCCAUUGGCUGUGAGGGUGAAGGUGGAGAGGGGCGUGGCUUCAGAUGAGGAAGAGGAACUGGGAGGUGGGGACUACGACAUGGAGCACAGCGGCCUCACCAAGGCCACAGUUCCCAGCACCAACGGGGGCCUGACCCACCACGGGGUCGGAGGGCCUCUGUCGGCCCAGCGGAGGCUCGGCCUGGAGGCGCACCUGUCCGCGCUGCGAGAGGCCUCUCUGGCCUCAGAGCUGGAGCGGGAGGAGAAGCCUCCAGCCUCAGCAGACGAUGAGGACAUACUGGGCAGUGAAAAUGAGCGCGCCCAGGCCGAGGCGGCCAGCAUGGAUAGCUCGCUGCUGCCUUACGUCUCCAACAUGCUGUCAGCUCAACACACCCAGAUCUUCAUGUGCCCGCUGUGUAACAAGGUUUUCCCUUCCCCUCACAUCCUCCAGCUUCACCUCAGCUCCCACUUCAGGGAGCAGGAGGGCAUCCGCUCCAAGCCCGCCGGAGACGUCAACGUGCCCACCUGCACCAUCUGCAGCAAGACCUUCUCCUGCAUGUACACGCUGAAGCGCCAUGAGCGGACACACUCCGGUGAAAAACCCUACACCUGCACCACCUGCGGCAAGAGCUUCCAGUACUCACACAACCUCAGCCGCCACGCAGUGGUGCACACGCGUGAGAAGCCGCAUGCUUGCAAGUGGUGCGAGCGGCGCUUCACGCAAUCCGGGGACCUCUACCGACACAUCCGCAAGUUCCAUUGCGAACUGGUCAACUCGCUGUCAGUGAAGAGUGAACCGCUGGCACUGCCCAAUGUCAGGGAUUGGGCAAUCGAGGACAGCUCCCAGGAACUGUGGAAGUAGAAACUGACUGCUGGGUUUGAUAAAGGGAAAGAGACGGAGAGUGAAAGAAGGGCAGAGAGGCAUGGUGAGGUGACAGGGAGGUGGCAGAGUUUGAUAGUCGGGGUUUAAGUGAGUCAUGUUCUUGUUUGUUGCAACAUCUCAUUCAAUUGCACUUUAAUAGCACAUGAAAAUGUUACUACUGAGUUUUUUUGUUGUUGCUAUUUGGGGUAAUUUUGUUUUAUUCUAUUUUAUUCUGAACUCUUAUUUUUAUUUGGCGUAAGUUCUCUUCUGUCGGUGGUUUUAUUUGCGUCUAAGGACAUGGGUCCCAGUGUGAGGAUGUCUCGCCUUUUUGAAGAGUUUUCACUCUGUUUGUGUUUCAUCCCAGACACAACACUCCGGCGCUGGCCAGCGUAUCGGUCCCAUUUCCACAGACAAAAAAACACCACUGCAGGAGUUCAGGUCGAACACACUGAAGUGAAAAAGCAUUACAAUACACUAAACGGGUACUGUGAUCACCGCAAGUCGACGCCACCGCACACACAGUUUGAAGAAGUGUGUGUGUGCGUGUGUGUGCGUGUGUGAUACUGCACUACUCUGGCAAAAAUUUCACCUAACGUGCGUGAGUGUGUAUGAGUGUGUUGUGUGUGUAUUAAUUUUAUUUUCUACUGGCAUGGAGGUGUCGUUGGCGAAGCGCUCCCCGCUUCUCUUGUUAAGCUCUUUGGUGUUGUGUGUUCAGGGGAAAGCUGACUGACUGACAGACAGACUAACUGAUGGCACUCAUGCAAUGCACAGCCUCCUUUUUUCACUUCCAAUCAAUUUGAAGUAUUUUCUAAAAAUGAAAAGACCUUUACAAAUAAUAAUAAUUAUUAUUGUUAUUGAUAGAAUUUUUUCUUAAAUCUAGCUGGCAGUCUUUAAAACAUCUCUUGUUGAAAAGGUAUUUAAUUUAAGGUUGUUGUAUAUUGUUCUGCUAUAGUUUUAAAACUUUAAUCCUUUACAAUUUUUUUAACUUAAUGAUUAUUAUUAUUAUUAUUUUGUUACUUUUUUUGUAAUGGGACCUGCUGUUGUUGCAUGACGUCCAAACUUGUAUAUUUUAAAAUAAAAAUGUGAAUUUGCUGUAUUACUGUACACAUUGUAAUUGAUCAAAUAUUUGACAACGGGCUUUCCUUUUUCUUUUCUUUGUGAAUACUACUCCAGGGUGCGGUCUGUUGAAAAACUGAAUAUUAUUCUCACGACUAUGGAAAAAAAUGCAUGAAAAUUUGAUUUUGUCUUAAACCUUUAAGUUGUGGUUUUUGCAUCAGGGGGGGAAUGUUUGAACAGUACACUUUUGACAGUGAAAAGUUGGAUUUUUUUUUUUUUUCUACUCGUCGUAGGUCUGUCGCUGGGCUCCUAGAAGAAUGUUACCGAAUGUGUUUCCGUCGGACGUUGAAGCGAUAUGAUGAAGCAUUUUAAGCCUGUGUUUAUAUGCACUGAUCUCUCUGCUGCGCGUGUGUGUGUUUGUGUGUAUGUGUGUGUGUGUUUAUGAGCGUGUGACUUGGUUCGUACCAGUCAGUUAAACCUACUGAAGAUCUACGUCCACCCAGCACUUCCUCCUCCUCCUCCUGCUCCUCCUCAGGCGUUUUAAUGUCUCCAACUGCUACGUGUUUGCUUUCCCAUCUCUCGUGUGUCCGUCCUCUCCGGUUCUAAACGUGGUCAAGCCAUUUCUUUUUAUUAUAUCCGCAGAUUUGGGCUCGUGUUUCAGGUCUGUCGAGUGCAGUUUUUGUGGCUUGGCUAGAAGUGCGAAGGAUACAGGGAGGAGAAGAAGAAGAAGAAGAGCAGGAGAGAGGCUGAACCUGAGCUCUCCUGCUGAAAGUUGAAGGGUCAGAUAUCUUUGUCACACUGUUGCUUCACGUCGAGCCGAGCCGAGCCGAGCUGAGCGGGGCCAAUAACUCGACCAGCUCAUUUCACAUUAGAUGCAGUGAAUGUCACAAGAUGUCUCUGUUUUCCUCUUAAUCCUUACUUUGAGACAGAUGGGAGAGAAUUGGCAUGCCUGAAUGCACCUUUUUAAGCUAAAAGACAAGAAAUCAGAUUUUUGCUGAAAAGAUGCCUUUAUUGAGAAAAAAAAACAACAACAUUUCUGAUGCUAUGGAAGUAUUUGAUACUGUAGAGCAUUGAGAAAGGGGUUGAAAAUCAAGUGUAAAUUCAUGGAAUUUAUUGAAUUUAUCAGAAAAAAAAUGAUGUCUUAUUAUAUUUUGAUCAUGUGAUUGGAAAACUCUUUUUUUUUUUUCUUUUUGUAUGUGAAUGUUGUGUUCGGGUUGGGGCUACAUCAGUUUAUUUAGUCUUUUUUUAACUUCUGUAUCUCACAUUUUUAAAAUAAUAAGUCAAGCGUUUAUACAAUCCGAAAAACAUUUGACGGAGAUACCGACGUCCCCCCCUCCUCCUCCAUCGCUCAGAUGUGUGUCUGUGUUUGCGUGCAUGCCCCCGCUGAUGUGCAUGUGGUGGGUGGGGUGCUUGUAUGUGCCGCCAUGUCAUCUGGUGGCACCUACAGGCUCUGCCAAUGCAACAGUGUGGGUGACAUUGCGGCAGUUUGCACCACAUCGUCUCGUUUUUUUUUUUUUUUUGUCUCGAAAUGUUAUUUCUUCACUGGCAGCGUCUCUGCAUAUGGGCUCCCUCCAUCCUGCUGUUGUUUUCAUCAUUUACUGCUGUUUUCUCGUUCCGUUCUGUUCCUCUGGUUGUACUUGACCGCCUUAAACUGCUGUAGUCCGGGCUGUUUUUUUUUUUUAUUUUAAAUUUAAUUUAAUUUUUUAAAAAGUGUGAGUGUGGGGUGGAGUUGCGGGAGUGAUGUCAACCGCUCUGUGAAGUAAACACCCUGACAAGACUUCUCCAUCUUUUUUUGCUGUGCUUACUUGAAAACAAAAGGGGGGAGAUUUUUUUAAAGCAAGGUAUAAAAAUACAAAAAAUACAAAAAAAAAAAAAAUUCAAAUGUCAUAGACAGUUUAUGAAAAGACAGAUGAGGGGUUGGAGGGUGGGGGUGGGGGGGCGUGAAAUAAUGACUGAAAAAGGACAAUCACUGUCUGGGGGAGAAAAAAAAAAACAAGCAGAUUUUGAUUGAGAUAUAUUUGCUCCCUUUUGAGAUUACAAAUUUUCUUUGCUUUUUCUUUUAUGUUCCUUUUUCGGAUUUAGUCAUUUUAGCUUUGACAAUCAUAGUUGGGUUGAUUUGUUUUUUUUUUGUUUUUUUUUCUCAAGGGGAGUAAAUUCUAAUUGUGUUUAGUUUUGUAAUUUUUUGGCGUGCUGUUGUUGACAUUUUUAAAUUGUGUGCAAACUGCAAUAAAUUAUAAGAAUCUUGAAAUUCAA